UUUGUAGUAGACGGGGGGCUUUUCAAAUCAACUUCCUGUGUCAACACAUUGGUCACAUUGACAUGAUCUUCGUGAAAUGAAACUGUUGUUAAUCGGUUUCGUGUUAAUUUGGCAGCACAGAGAGUCGGAAUGUGUUCUCGACUCCAUAAAACAUUGGAUGUUUGGAGACGACACCCAGCAUAAUGCUGACAAUGCCCUCAAAAAGAGUAGCUCAAAGUUUGAAAUCGUAUCAACUGAUACAAAGUUUCUAAAACUUGCUAGCGAGCUCACCGAUAUGUCACCGCUAGAUGCCUGCUAUCAUAUUGUUGUUUAUAAUUUAAAGAAAAAGUGUGGGGAACUGAAGGAAGAGGAUUUAGGAAAAUUGGCUGUUCAACUUUUAAAUUGUCAGUCCAUGGCAGAAGACAGACCCACUUUUAAGUGCACGUCAGAGAUGUCAAUAGCUGAAUGCACAAAAGACAUGGAUGGCCCAACCUGGAAUGCUUACCAGAUUGUUGGUAACAGAGCCAGGGCAGUGUGCUACGCGACCCAGCAAGAUCAGUUCCGCAGGUUAACAGAAAUGGCCGUCCAUGAUCUGGUGUCUGCUGCAGAUGAUCAGCUAGAGUCAAUGAAGCAAAUGAUGAAAGGUCAAGAAGUAUUGCACACUUUGACCUCGGAGACAGUACAGAAGCUGUUUGACAGUCAGAUGGAGUUGCUAGGUAACCAUCAACAACUGAAGCUAGCCCAUGACAACAUCAUGAACAAUGUCCAAGACAAUAUGAACAGCCUGCACCAGGAGAGGUCACUGAUUGCAACCGGAAACCAGCAGCUGGCAGAAAUGGUGGAGAAUAUUAGACAGAAGCUAGAUAUGGCUGCUGAAAAAAUGGCUUCUCAAGAGAAAAAACAACAGGACAAUUACCAGAAAAUCAUCGAGGAUUUGAGCCAAAUUCAUAAAAAAUCACAAGAUGCUCUGGAAAAGUUAGAUGAAAGUUCUAAGCAGCUCUUGCAGAAUCACAAGGAGAUGACCAAGUUUUACCUGGAGAUGUACCAGAAUGUGGUCAAGAUCAACUCCUCAGUCAGUGAGCUGAUGAGAACUGUACAGACCAUGCAGAGGGACCUAGAGAAGAAGAUUAGCUGGUUCUCACACAUCCUAGGCAGCUCAGAGGACAAGCUGGCAGUUUUGAUGUCCUGGGGACAGCAUCUGAUGUUCUUCCUCUUUAUAAUAAUUAUGUCUGUCUAUCUACAAAUCCCUCGUCUGUCACGCCUGGCCAUCAUCGCAGCUCUGACAGCUAAUGCUGUCGCUGAACUCAAGUUUGGACACAGUAUUGGGUUUAAACAUGUCCUGGGUUUCAUAGUCACUGUAGUGACAGCCAAUGUCAUGUAUCAUAUCUGGCGUCCUAAGGUGGACACUAGAAGGGAGCCAUAUCUAGCCAUUGGGAAUUCCCCGAUCUCUGAUUCCAGUCCUCUGUCAGCUGGUGACAUGCAGACACUACAGAACCUCUUACAGAGAUUCCAGAAUUCUGGUCCUGAUGGCAAUAACAGAGGAGCCAAUGGAACUGAUACAAACCACAGCCAGGCAACCAGAGCCAGGCCUGACUCCUCAACCAUGUUGGAUGAAGAUGAGAAUGUGCGACGGUUUUUAGAUGAGAACUUUGACCUCCCUCUCCACCCUCGACCCGAGACCCCCCUCCCAUCUACCUCAGCCUUCUCACGAUCAUUUUCUAGGUCAUCCACACCCUCCCGUUCUAGCACAACGAGUCUGCGUUGUCACGGUCUGACGCGAGCAGGAACCCCUUGUCGACUGUCAACGAUGCCAGGACAAGAAUUCUGUCACCGACACAAUAAGUAACACUGUGGAAAACCUGUCUCCAUGAGCAUUUAACUAAAGUCCACAUGAAUUGUGAUUUACUUGAGUGUAGAACAGAUAAUAUACAAUUAUUGCUGUUUUUUUAUGUCAAUACGAUG